GAGUCUAGUUCGAUCUGAGCGACGGAUCGAACAGUAGAAUUUUCCGGAACGAAGACUCAGUCUGGGAUUCGUUACUCGAAAGAGCACUUGCGAAACAGUGAGCAACAUAUUUUUCUGGGUGGAGAAUAUUUUUAGAUGCGCCGAAUCGAUAUUCAAUUCGCUUGAAUCAUAAUCGCGAUUUUUUCACUCGUUACUUACGGUCGUAGAAUUUCGAUAGAAAUAUCUCGAGCUCAUAGGACGAUUUGGAAAAGUUUAUUUGGCUUGCCAGCGAUCAACGUUCACAGAAAUAAAUUUAUGAACGCAAAUCAUCGCACAACGGUGCAGGGAAGCAGCUCCGGGUCUCAGGCCAGAUCGAUACAAUGGCCCCUACGAGAACUCGGGUGACGAAAGAGGCGACUAAGAAGAAACGCGGCAACAAAAACUGCUGCGCGGACACUUCGUCGUCGUCGUCGGCGUCCUCGAAUUCAUCGUCGUCGUCGGAUUCAUCGUACACUACGAGCGAUUGCGUUUAUAGUUCGGACACCGAGAGCUCGGAUUGCGAUUGCUCGAACAGCGACUGCUCGAACAGCGAUUGCUUGGACGGCGAUUGCUCCGAUUGCUGGGAAUGUGAAUGCGUACCUCAGAGAAAACGCGGUGGCAAACACAAGAAAAUCCCGAGUCCAAAGGUCUCGAAAGCUGUGGACAGGGACAGGAAAAACAAGAAACACACUCGUCGUCCAAAGUAUGCGUCAUCGAGCGAUGAAUCAUCUUGCGGGAGCAGCGAUGAUUGUUACGGGUGCGAGCCCAAAAAACCUGGCCGCAAGGCUCGGGUCUGAUUCGACUCGAGAAUUAACCAACACCAACGAAAAUUCCACUGACCAAUCAAUCCCAUCGUUCAUAUUUAUUUAUUUUUAUUUUUUACAGACCCAUUUCUUUCGAAUUAUGAAAAUAAGUUUGUGUGCUGGCACCGAAAACCAUUACUGCUAAUUCUAAGUUAUUUUUAUUUUAUAUCUGUCAAAUUAAUUGCGGGAUGAAUGUCGCCCAAAUGAUUGUAUCAAAAUUAAUAAUAAUUAUGAAAAAUGUUAAUUAUCAGAAUUUGUACAGAGCCAAUGGACUAAAUAAAUAAGAGAUUUCUAUGCUAAUUGAAUUUCAGAGUGAGUAAAUAAAAAGGCAAUUAAUUUCUCUCGGUAUUACAAA